AUGGUUGACUUUGCUGGACGGACCUGUCCGUCAGGGGCUCAACUGGGGCCUGGUACCCCUCCUAGCCCCUGUUGUACGCGACUCGACUCUCGCCUGCUUCUCUCGAACUCGAAGCUCCGCCUGUCUCCGCCCCUGCACCGGUGCCCGGCAUCUCCUAGAUUAGGGGCUUUAAUCUCCUUCCCUCAGUUCCCUCCUGCAUAUGUAUCUUCUAUUUGUUGCAGAUUCUCAUUCAGUCAUUCUCACUCUGUCACACAAGAAAAACUUGUAAUAAUUGGAUAUCAAAUGUUUAAAUCCAGAUAUCAAAUGAAUAGAUACUUUCAACGAAAAAGGAACGUAGAUAGUGUUGAUGAGAGGGUCUCGAAUAAUGUGGAUGUUGAUGAGGGGGUAUCGAAUAAUGUGGAGUUUGAUGUCACAAAACUUCCAACUGAUCUUGGUCUAAGGAUACCCAUUUUGGAUUACAAUGCUAACAUCCGAGAUGAAGUUCGAAGAGCAUAUAUGUUAAAGGAGUUCGGUAGUUGGUUGGAGUACAGUGUAGAGAAGGAUGUUGCUUAUUGUUUGUAUUGUUAUCUUUUCAGAACAAAUUCUGGAAAGCAAGGUGGAGGGCACUCAUUUCGAGGUCAUGAUGAAUCUGAGGAUUCUCUCAAUCCAAGUAACUUCUUAGUGCAAUUGCAAUUUUUGGCUGCACAUAAUGAAGUUAUCAAUGCCGUCACAUUGGGAAAUGCUCCUCACAAUUGCAAAUUCACAUCACCUGAUGUUCAAAAGGAUAUAGCAAAUGCUUGUGCUAUUAAAACGAUCAAUAUUAUUAUCAAAUAUGUUGGCGGCUUACUAUUUUAUAUUCUAGUUGAUGAAUCUUGUGAUGUGUCAAUGAAGGAGCAAAUGUCUAUUGUUUUACGUUAUGUAGACAAUAGUGGGCAUAUCAAUGGAUGCUUCAUAGGGAUUGAACAUUUUACAAGUACCAUGGCUCUAUCACUUAAAGCUGCAAUUGAUAAGGUAUUUUCUAGAUAUAACUUGAGUAUGUCUAGAUUGAAAGGACAAGGUUAUGAUGAAGCAAGUAAUAUGCAAGACUUUAUUAUUGAGGCAUUGGAAAAAGGUGAGAUUUUAAGUGGACGGAUACUUAAUCAAGAAACGACCCUUCAGCGCUCUGGUGAUACACGAUGGAGUUCACAUUAUAAUUCUUUGGUCAGCUUGCUUGCCAUGUUCUCUUCUGUUUUAGAUGUACUUGCAAUGAUUGUUGAAGAUGAAUCUUGUUCUUGUGAUCAAAGAUCUGAUGCAACAAAUUUAUUGGAGUUGAUACAAAGAUUUGAUUUUGCAUUUAAUCUACAAUUGAUGAGAAGUGUGUUGGGGAUGUCAAAUGAACUAUCAAAGGCAUUGCAAAGAAAAGAUCAAGAUAUUGUGAAUGCAAUGCAAUUGGUGAGAUUGUGCAAACGACGACUCCAAAUAAUGAGAGACGAAGGGUGGGACUCCUUUUUGGAAGAACGUAAUUCUCCAGAAAUUACAAAUUUACAUCAUUAUCGAGUAGAUUUGUUCUACUCUGUCAUCGAUUUACAACUUCAAGAAUUGAAUGAUCGUUUCUCGAAGGUAAAUACAGAGUUACUCCUUUGUGUAGCUUGUUUAUGCCCACAAGAUUCAUUUUCUUCUUUUGACAAGAAAAGUUUGAUUAGACUUGCUGAGCUUUAUCCAUUAGAUUUCUCUGCAGUGGAUGACAUUGUACUUAGCGAUCAACUUGAGACUUAUAUUUUGGAUAUGAGCUCUAACAAAGAUUUUGAAGGGUUGAAUGGCCUUGGUGAUCUUGCGGAGAACACAAAACUCUUAGAAGUUAAACAAAUGGCAAACAUUACGAAACUUGAGCUUACUGCACUUGACAUAUCUAGGAAAAAUUAUCUGUCACGGAUUCUGGAUGCUGAUAUCCAUCUCAUGUCAAAGGGUCUGGGAGAGACAAUAAAAGAAGGAAACAAUGAAUCCCUGCAGGAUCAUACAAAAGCACUCAUUUUCCUCCGUCACCAUCUUCACGAUGGAUUAAAAAUUGAAUAUCUCACUGAAAAAGAUCUACAAGCUCUUUGA